AUGAAAACUGAAUCUGAUCCUGUGGAAAAAAGUUUUGAACAAUUGGAAAUCUCAGAACAUAACAUGGACAAUUGCGCAGUUGUUACCCAAUCGCAACUGCCGCGUGAAGCUGAGAACAUCCAUCAAGAUAUGGCUGAGGUAUGGGAGGAUGUGUUCGGUUCACCACAUAUUCCGCCCGACGUUAUCUCUGACAAAACUAGCCUAAAGUCACUGCGUGUAGUUGAAAAUUCUAGAGACAUCAAAUCAAUUCUAUUAAAGCCUGCAGAUAGCGAAGAACUAACACCUUUGGCAAUUGAAGUACCUUCCAGUUUUGAAAAUUCACCCGAAGUCGGCUUUGGAGACUUGCCUUCGGUUUCAGCACCUAAUGUCCCGACUUCUUCCCGACCCCUUCGCCAUUGA